AGACCACCUCCUGCUGGAUUUCAUUCACUCCGUCUAUUCAGAGUAGAAGGAGAGGCAGGAGAGUAGAUGGGAGCCGUUUUCCUCUUUCUAAAGACAGGCAUUCUAGGGAACUUUGAAAAGCUUUGCUUUUUUAAACUGGACAACAGGAAUCACAUCCAACUUGGUUACUGGAACAUUACAGGAGAGCAUUUUCCCUGAGCCGGGAGACAGUUUUAUAGAACUGUCAAGGGAUCUCUGGCUAGGAUGGACUUCCAAAGACUCAUAAACAUGGCCAAUGUAUUGCUGCUUGAAGUGGUUGUUGGAAUGAUUUUACACAUCAGCUUCAGCUUAGAAUUUUCCCAAGUUUUGCCAAGGGUCUAUUUAACAUUUGAAGAGUUACAAGCCACACAAACCUCGCAGCAUUACAGUGUAUCUCCAUAUCCCAUGGACUACAGGAUUCUACUAAUGGAUGAAGACCAGGAUCGGAUUUAUGUGGGCAGCAAAGACCAUGUUCUGUCAUUAAACAUUAACAACAUUACCCACGAAUCUCUAUCUGUAUUCUGGCCGGCAUCAAGCAGCAAAAUUGAAGAAUGCAAAAUGGCUGGCAAAGAUCCCACGCAUGGAUGUGGAAACUUUGUGAGAGUAAUUCAGCCGUAUAACCGUACACAUUUAUUUAUCUGUGGCAGUGGUGCAUUCAGCCCCGUGUGUACCUACAUCAACAGAGGACGCAGAUCAGAGGACCAAGUAUUUUUUAUUGAUUCCAAAACUGAAUCCGGAAAAGGUCGCUGCUCCUUUAAUCCUAGAGUUAAUACGGUAUCUGUCAUGAUGAAUGAAGAACUUUUUUCAGGAAUGUACAUAGACUUUAUGGGCACAGAUGCAGCCAUUUUCAGAAGUCUUACAAGAAGAAAUGCAAUCAGAACGGACCAGCAUAAUUCCAAGUGGCUUAGUGAACCAAUAUUUAUUGAUGCUCAGCUCAUCCCUGACGGCUCUGACCCAAAUGAUAUGAAAUUAUACUUCUUCUUUAGAGAAAGACUGACAGACAACAAUGGGAACACGAAGAGCAUUCACACCAUGGUUGCUAGAAUAUGUCCAAAUGACAUUGGUGGACAGCGUAGCCUAGUGAACAAAUGGACAACCUUUUUAAAAGCACGGUUGGUGUGUAGCGUUAUGGAUAAUGAUGGAGGUGAAACACAUUUUGAUGAAUUAGAGGAUAUCUUUUUAUUGGAAACAGAAAACCCAAAGGCCCUUUUGGUUUAUGGAAUUUUUACAGCCUCAAGUUCAGUAUUCAAAGGUUCUGCUGUGUGUGUUUACAAUAUGGCUGAUAUUCUGACUGUGUUCAAUGGGCCGUUUGCACACAAGGAAGGUCCUAACCACCAGUGGGUUCCAUAUCAAGGAAAGAUUCCUUAUCCAAGGCCUGGCACUUGUCCUGGUGGAGCCUUCACUCCUAAUAUUUUGACAACCAAAGACUUUCCAGAUGAUGUAGUCACUUUUGUAAGGAAUCAUCCAGUUAUGUACAAUCCAAUUUAUCCCAUGUAUAAAGGGCCAAUUCUGGUGAGAACAAAUGCAGAUUACAAAUAUACAACGAUAACAGUUGACCAAGUAAAUGCUGCAGAUGGAAAAUAUCAUGUCCUGUUUCUUGGAACAGAUAAAGGAACUGUCCAAAAAGUAAUUGUGCUGCCAAGUAAUAGGUCAGAAAAUGAGGAACUUAUCUUGGAAGAGCUGGAAGUAUUUAAGACUCAUUCCCCAGUAACAACUAUGAAAAUUUCUUCCAAAAAGCAACAUCUUUAUGUCAGCUCUGAGGAAGGCAUUACUCAAGUGUCUUUGCAUCGUUGUCAUAUCUAUGGUUCUGCCUGUGCUGACUGCUGUUUGGCCAGAGAUCCCUACUGUGCUUGGGAUGGGAAUUCAUGUUCAAAAUUCUAUCCUUCAGGGAAAAGGAGGAGUCGAAGGCAAGAUGUCAGACAUGGGAAUCCAUUGACGCAAUGUAGGGGAUUUAAUUUGAAAGCUUACAGAAAUGCAGAGGAGUUGGUGCUAUAUGGUGUCAAGAACAAUGCUUCUUUUCUGGAAUGUUUACCGAAGUCACCACAAGCUGCAGUCAGAUGGCUUGUCCAGAGAAACAAUGACAGGAGAAAAGAAGUGAAGCUCAACGAAAGAAUCAUUGCAGCAGAGCACGGCCUCCUUAUUCGAUCUGUCCAGGAUCACGACCAAGGCCUGUAUUAUUGCCUGUCUACUGAAAAUGGCUUUAAACAAACAUUGAUGAAAAUAAAUUUUAAAGUUUUAAACAAUGAAUUCAUCCAUUCACUUGUGGACAAAAACUCUCCAUGGUCCUGGGCCAGCACUGUGAAUGGCCUGCCAUUUAAUCCAAAAGAGUUUCUGGCACCUUUCAAUCACAUGGAAAUGCAAGCCAUCAAUCAGUAUUGCAAGGACCGACAGAGAGAUCGAUACACUGACCAGAAAAUCCAAGAGGAUCUAGUGAAACUGAAGCCCCUUAUUGAUAGCAAGAAGAGCCGUAAUAGGAGGAACCAGCUGCCGGGAUCAUAAAAAUAAGGACCGGUGGGAGCUGGGUGGCCUAUGUAUGUGAAAAUGCGAAGAACAACAGAAUUAACUCAAGUAGUAAUUUUUCUUUAUUGUAAGAUUAUUUAAUGCAGCACAUUUUAUUUUCACAAUAACUGUCGGAAAUGCAACAGUAAAGUACUUUCUAUGUUUUCUGAUGGCAGUUUAAACUCAGAUCAAUACCGUUGUGAAUCUGUGGGAGUCAUGCUGCACUAUAUGCAGUAUUGCAUACUAUGGAUUUAUUGCUUCUCAUAUUUCCUCGCAGAAUAUGGGAAGAAUGCUUGGUUUAGAUAAAGCUGUUAUUGAAACAAGAUCCUCUUGCUAUUUCACAAGGCAAUUGUUCCAACAAAAAAUCAAAAAAUGUGUAACAGAAAAAUUGCUGGAGUUUCCAGGAGGCAUGUGGAGAAACACCUGUUCACAGGCGCAGCUGCUGUGAGUUAUUGGCUAUAAUGGAAAGGGAAGAAUAUGUAUAAAGAAAAUGAAAACCUUCAUCUUCUUGAACCUCAUCUGUGAAUGUGUGUGCACAUGUUACCUAUGAGUUACUGAUCCUUCUACAUUUGCUUCUUUUUCACUUUGUGGUGAAGGUGUAUGUAAUUUGCUGUACAGUUUACAACCAGCAACUGUGUAAAUGAACCUUAGCAAGUGGAUAUUCAAACUCAUUACCAAAAUACAAAUAAGCUGUAUGCUUAGAAUGCAAAAAGUGUGAUCAUAAUAUUAUUACAGUGUCUGGUUUCUGCAAGGAGCUAGGAAAACAAAACUUAGCGUGUAACUUACAUUGAUUAGACAUUUUAUAUAAAUUGUAUUGUGCACUGAGAUUUUACACACUUUAUGUUAAGUCACUGUGAAUGGGAGGUAAAAAUGCAUGUUUUUUUUGAAUGGUGUAAAAACAAAAUCAGUAUUAUUAACAUGUUAGACAGCACUGUGACUCAGUGCUAAACAUAACUGACUCACAGCUCCAGGAGAGCCCCAUCACUGUCCCCACGUGGUUUCUUUGUGCCUCGAUGAAUGAUGCCCCAGAUAUUCCAUUUCUUCUCAUGCACCUCAUAGAAGUGCAGGUUAGGCUUAUUGGACCCUCUUAAUUGUCCUGUUCUGACUGAGCGGGCACCAUGAUACUCUGAUACCCCAUCUGCCUUGUGCCUGAUGCUGCUGGAAUCGGCUCCAGCUCCAUGCACCCGGAAAACGGAAUAAGUUGGUUCAGAAAAUAAUUUGAUGGGUAUUAUUGUAUUAGCAUUAAACUCUGAACUUUUUCUCCAAUGUGAGGAUGAUCACUUUCUUUCAAUACAUUCCCGUAGUUGUUACAGCUUUGACAUAUUAGAAAUAUUUGAUUACUAUUUAUUUUAUUCAAUCUGUUGCUUAGUAUCUGGCAUAAUAAUGAAAAUAAAUAUUUUUUUAUUUUCUUGAAUGUUGCAUUGAAGUGACACUGUAUUAUAAACUUCAUUGAUAACAGAGGGAUAUCCAGCUGUACUUUAAUGGAUAUAUUUUACACUUAAUGUCAUUUUUUAUUGUUUAGCCAUUCGUGCUUAUUUUUAUGAAUUUGAUUACUUUUGUAGAUAUUCUUGCCAUAUACGCUCAUGUAGGAUAUUUUCACUGGACUUUUGCAAAGGUUUUUGACUAAGGUGUAUUUGACCUACUUAAGAUAUUUAGGACACAGCAUUGAGUAAAGACAAAAUCAUUACGAUUACACUGUAUUUAUAUAAAAAGCUUAGUAAAGGUGGAAGCACUUGUACAUUAUAGAUUGUAAUGUAGUCCUUUGUCUUCAUAGAGAUUUACUUAAAUUCAAAUCUGGAGGUUAGUAAUCAUUUUAAAAAUGUAAGAGAAUGGAAAAAGGUGCACUUAUGAAAAAAAAAAA